GACUCCGAGUCAAGUCGUUUUCGGGCGCGUUCGAGGACUGGCCCACCUUCCGAGAUAGUUUCAUGUCAAUCGUCGGCAAAAAUAAGUCCAUCUCAAACAUCGAGAAGUAUCACCACCUGAGGUACUGUCUCGAAGGAGCGGCUGAAAAAUUAAUUCGUCCGUUAGCCGUAAUCGGGGAGAAUUAUCCGCGCGCGUGGGCAAUGCUUAAAGAGCACUACGAGAACGAAAAGGAGGUAGCUCGCGCCAAUUUUGCCGCCUUCACCGCCGUUCCUAAGAUGAGGAGCGACACCGCCGAGGAACUCGACCGCGUUUUCAAUGCCGUAACUAGCGUCGUGAGUGGACAGGAGGGUAUCGGUAGACCCAUCGAGACACACGGUUUUGACUUGCUCAACCACCUCGUCACCGAGAUGUUCGACCCGAAGACUCGCCUCGAGUGGGCGUCCUACACGAGUGAGUCCACCGACGUUCCGAGCCACGACACCCUGGUGAAAUUCAUCACUCGAAGAGCGCUCACGCUCAAAGUCGCUAAAGCGACGACAGCCAAAACCUCCGGGAAUCCGCCACGAUCCGCAAAGUCCCAUCACGCCAAGGGAUCCCCCACAUCGUCUCAGUGUGUAUUGUGCAAGGGCAAGCACAAUGUGAUGAUGUGCGACGAGUUCAAGGCGAAGUCCGCGACCGAACGCAAAACCGUCGCGGAAACACACCGAUUGUGCUUUAACUGCCUCGGUCCCCACCAGAUCGCGAAAUGCCAGUCCGCGAAAACGUGCAACACGUGUAAAGCCCGACAUCACUCGAUGCUGCACGACGCGUACACCACCGUUAAACCCGCCGAAGCAAGCACACUCUCCGCUGUGCGCCGACUCCAGUUGGCCGAUCCUGAGUUCCGAGCCACCGACCCGAUCGAGCUACUUCUCGGAGCGGAAGUCUGCUCCAUCAUUCUCGAGGAGGGCCUCCGCAAGGGAGGCCCUCAAGCGCCCAUCGCACAACGCACGUCGCUGGGCUGGAUACUGUCCGGCGGCUGCGUUGACCCCCCGCUUCUAAAGUCGCGCGCGUCCUUGCAGUGCACGGCCGAGCACGAGCUCACCGCGCUCGUGCGACGCUUCUGGGAGCAGGAACGGGAAGCCUCCGCUCCCGUCGCCGCCACCCCCGAGGAACAGCUGUGCGAGGAUAUCUUCACUCGCUCGCACUCUCGCACCGCCACGGGUCGUUACAUAGUGAGGCUGCCAUUCGCCUCUCCGCCGCCAACGCUAAGCGACACCCGCAAACCAGCGGAAAGCCUGCUGCAUGCCGUGGAACGUAAGUGUAGCCUCGACUCCCGGUUCGGGGAGCUCUACCGCGCGUUUCUCAAGGAGUAUGAGGACGUCGGCCACAUGACACGCGUUGACGACUCAACCAAUCCUCCAAGCCAAGGACCGUGUUACCUCCCUCAUCACGGGGUGCUCCGCGAGUCAAGCGCAACUACCAAAUUGCGCGUCGUUUUCAACGGGUCGCAGCGAACCAAGGUCGGCGAGUCAUUGAAUUCACACAUGCUCAUUGGCGCCAACCUAUUGCCAGCCCUCGCAGACGUUUUGAUGCGCUGGCGCUGGCACCGCUUCGCGUUCAUAACAGACAUCGAGAAGAUGUAUCGCCAAAUUCUCGUUGCCCCUGAGGACCGGGAUCUCCAGCGUAUCCUCUGGCGGCACUCGACGACCGAUCCGAUCCGCGAGUUCCGCUUGAACACUGUCACGUAUGGUCUCGCGUGCGCGCCGUUUCUGGCCAUCAGAACUCUGCAGCAACUCGCUACCGAUGAGGAAUCCCGGUUCCCGCGCGGCUCCGCCGUAUUGCGCCGCGACUGCUACGUGGACGACAUCGUCACCGGAACGCACGAGAAAUCCGACGCAAUCGCAGUGCAAACCCAGCUUCGACAGCUUUGCAUGGCGGGCGGGUUUGAACUGCGCAAAUGGGCCUCAAACUGCCCCGAAAUCCUUGCCGGAAUUCCGCCCAGCCACCGCUUACAAGGGGAGCCUCAUUCUUGGGAGCAAGAGAUUCACUCCACCCUGGGAUUACGCUGGCACUCAGGCGACGACUCCUUCGCGUUCUCAAUUCCGCCCAGCACUGUAACCAAAUUCUCGAAGAGAACCGUUCUCGCGGAGACUGCGCGACUAUUCGAUCCACUCGGAUGGUUGACGCCCGUCAUCAUUCGGGCUAAAAUCCUCAUUCAGUCAGCGUGGAUGCAGCGGCUGGACUGGGACGAGCCUCUGCCGUCGGCGGACACCCUUCAGUGGGAAAGCCUCCUCGAAGAACUCCCGCGUCUCAAAGGUCUUCGCGUCAAACGCUGGCUGGGCACCGGAGCCGAGAACUCACGAGUUGAGCUCCAUGGGUUUGCCGAUGCAUCCGAGCGCACAUACGCCGCCACGAUCUAUCUCCGCCUGGAGCACGGGAGCGAAGUCAAGGUUCAGUUGCUCGCAGCCAAGAGCAAGGUUGCCCCAAUCAAGCCCGUAUCGCUUCCACGCCUGGAACUUUGCGCCGCCGCCUUGCUCACCCAGUUAACGGCUCACGUCCAGUCUAUUUUGAGUUUGUCCGCAGCUCCCGUCGUUCUCUGGUCCGACUCCAAGGUCACGCUCCAUUGGAUCCGCGGUCAUGCCUCGCGCUGGAAGACCUUUGUGGCCAACAGGGUAACGCUAAUCCAGGAGCUCCUCCCUGAGGCUCGUUGGCGUCACGUUCCGGGCCGGGACAAUCCAGCCGACUGCGCUUCCCGGGGCGUCGCGCCUACCACCCUUAUCCACCAUCCGCUGUGGUGGUUUGGUCCUUCGUGGUUGCUCGGGGAGCGCGCGGGCUGGCCUACGGAGAGCCCCGACGUCACUCAACAAGAGAUCCCUGAAAUGAGAGCCACUGCGCUCGUCGCCAACGCCGAGGCUGUCGAGGAACCGGAGCUCCUCCUCCGAUUCUCCGAACUGCACCGUCUUCUGCGGGUGACUGCCUGGUGCCUGCGCUGGCGAGAAACCGCAAGGAAACCCGAAGGGAACCUACCUACUACGCUACGCCCCGAGGAGCUCGACUCAGCGCUCAGUCGGUGGCUCCGCGUGGUGCAGGCCCUACACUUCCCCGCCGAAGUCUCAACUGCCAAGGACAAACGCGCACCUCCGCGCAAAAGCACGCUUAUCAAAUUGAAUCCCUACCUGGAUGACGCCGGAGUGCUCCGAGUCGGCGGACGAUUGAGGCACGCUGCUCUUCCUCACGACGAGCGACAUCCGACCAUCGCACCUCCAAGGUCUCACCUCACCCGCCUGCUCGUUGAGUCCUACCACCGGCGCACCCUCCACGGGGGAGUCCAGAUCACGCUGGGGAUGAUCCGACUCCGAUUCUGGGUUCCUCAGGGCCGGUCCGUCGUCAAACGGUGGUUGCAUCGGUGCGUUACAUGUACCCGAUGGCGAGCGGCCACGCUACAGCCGCCAAUGGGCGACUUACCACGGGAACGCGUGACCCCUGCUCGCCCAUUCACUCGAACCGGCAUUGAUUAUGCCGGUCCGAUUUUCGUCCGCACGACCAAGGGGCGAGGGCACCGGGCGCUCAAGGCGUUCAUUGCCAUUUUUGUGUGCCUAAGCUCCAAGGCCGUGCAUAUCGAGGUUGUAUCCGACUACUCGUCGGACGCCUUCCUGGCGGCACUGCGCCGCUUCACAUCUCGUCGGGGACUGUGCACGGACAUCUUCUCCGACUGCGGCACCACGUUCGUGGGUGCCGAUCGGCAGCUCGGUGAAAUGCUUCGGGCAUCGUCCCCCGACGGCCGUCGCAUUGCGACCAGGGCCGCGGAUCAGGAGAUCCGUUGGCACUUCAAUCCACCGUCCGCUCCGCACUUCGGGGGCCUAUGGGAGGCGGCCGUGAAGUCAACCAAGUAUCACCUCCGGAGGGUCAUCGGCGACACAACGCUCACAUUCGAGGAAAUGAGCACUCUCCUCGCCCAGGUGGAGGCCUGCUUGAAUUCACGGCCUCUUCAGGCGCUCUCGGAUGACCCCGACGACAUCUCCGCCUUGACUCCAGGACACUUGCUGAUCGGAGCGCCGCUGCUUGCCGUCCCGGAGCCGUCGCAACUCGAGAGGGCCGACAACGCGCUCUCCCGGUGGCAGCAUCUUCAGAAGAUGCGCGACCACUUUUGGUUGAGGUGGUCGCGUGAGUACAUUCACACUCUUGCUGCACGUCCAAAGUGGGUCACUCAGGAUGCCGCUCCGCAUAUCGGCUCGCUGUGCCUGGUCCGGACCGAGACGACGCCUCCAUGCCGAUGGCCCCUGGCUCGCGUUAUCAAGCUGCAUCCGGGCAAGGACGGUGUCACCCGCGUGGCAACCGUUCGCAGCGCCUCCUCGGAGCUCGUUCGGCCCCUCGUUAAGCUGGUGCUGCUGCCGGGAGACUCACUAUCGGGGUCCCCAUCCGGGGACACGUAG